AUCGCGAGACCGUCCAUCUGCUCAAGGAAUCCCCGAAAGAUGGCGGCGCCGCCAGACGAGGGGAGCUUGGAGUCGCGCAUCAACAAAGCCACAAACCCCCUCAAUAGGGAGACGGAUUGGGAGAGCAUCGAAGCUUUCUGUGAACGACUGAAUAAUGACCCCGAAGGUCCUCAGCUGGCCACCAGACUGCUGGCCCACAAGAUCCAGUCGCCUCAGGAGUGGGAAGCCAUGCAAGCCCUAACGGCGCUGGAAACGUGCAUGAAGAGUUGUGGGAAACGAUUCCACAGCGAGGUGGGGAAGUUCCGCUUUCUGAAUGAACUCAUCAAAGUAGUCUCUCCCAAGUAUUUAGGCUCUCGGGCCCCUGAAACGGUGAAGAAGAAGGUGUUGGAGGUCAUGUACAGCUGGACCCUAGCACUACCAGAAGAAACCAAAAUAUCUGAUGCUUAUCAGAUGCUGAAAAAGCAAGGCAUUGUGAAGCAGGACCCCACACUUCCUGAUAACAGCCCCCUUCCGCUCCCGCCAGCCAGACCCAAGAACGCCAUCUUUGAAGACGAGGAGAAAUCAAAGAUGCUGUCACGCCUGCUGAACAGCACCCACCCCGAGGACCUACGGGCCGCCAACAAGCUCAUCAAGGAAAUGGUGCAGGAAGAUCAGAAGCGUAUGGAGAAGGUGUCCAAGCGUGUGAACGCCAUCCAGGAGGUGAAGGAGAGCGUGGGGUUGCUGACGCAGCUCCUGGGGGACUACAGCCCCGACACCUCCCAGAACAACAAGGACCUCAUCAAGGACUUGUACCAGCGUUGUGAGAAGAUGAGACCAACCCUCUUCCGUCUGGCCAGCGACACAGAGGACAAUGACGAGGCCUUAGCUGAGAUCCUGCAGGCCAACGACAGCCUGACGCAGGUCAUCAACAUGUACCGCCAGCUGGUGACAGGAGAGGACGUCAACGGGGACAGCUCAUCUACGCCUCAGCUCAAAGGAAGUAGCACGGCUCUGCUGGACCUGUCGGGCCUCGACACCUCCCCCUCCGCCCCCGGCAUCCCAGAGUUCCCCUCGCAGCCCCUCCCCUCCUGCUCCCCCGCCGCCGCCACGCAGGAGAUUGGCAUCAGUCUAUUGGACGACGAGCUGAUGUCGCUCGGCCUUACUGAUGGUCCCCCCGCAGGCUCUAACUUGGUUUCCCAAAGUGGAGAUGCCACGACGUGGAACACUUUUCAGUCCUCCGAUAGUGUGGACACGGCUGCUCCGGUUGCCACCACAGCGGCGGCGGCGGUACUGCAGCCUUCGGUGAUGCCGGCGGCCCCUGCUGUGGCGCCCUCUGGUGGUGUGGUGGUGGCCUCGUCACCCUCCAAGGCCCUGGAUGAGCUGGACCUGCUGGGCAAGACACUGCUGCAGCAGUCCCUCCCUCCAGAGAGCCAGCAGGUCAAAUGGGACAAAUUGCAGUUGCAGUCCAAGCCAACACUACGUGACCUCCAGACCAAGACCACAGCGAGCCCCAACGCAUCCCCAGUCCCCGUCCUCCUGGCUCCCCUGGCCUCCGAGCCGCCCCCCCCAGCAACUCUCCUCGACUCCCAUCCGGCUCUCGACGCUCCCUCACUAGGCCUGACGACCAGCACUUCAUCCCAGAAUGACCUGAUUUCCUUAGCUAAUGUGAAUGUACCAUUGGAAUCCAUUAAACCUAGUAGCAUGUUGCCUGUGACGAUAUUUGACAAGCACAGUUUGCGGGUGUUGUUCCACUACGCGCUGGAGUGUCCGCCCUCGCGGCCGGACGUGUUGGUGGUGAUCAUCUCCAUGCUGUCCUCGGCCCCCACGCCCAUCACCAAUAUCCGCUUUCAGUCGGCUGUCCCCAAGACCAUGAGGGUGAAGUUGCAGCCUCCCUCUGGUACAGAGCUGCCGGCCUUCAACCCCAUCCUCCCCCCCGCCGCUAUCACCCAAAUCUUGCUGCUGGCCAACCCUCAUCAGGAGAAAGUGAGACUGAGGUACAAGCUGACUUUCGAUUUGGGAGACGAGUCACAUGACGAGUCGGGCGACGUUGAACAGUUCCCACCUCCAGAAAACUGGGGGAACCUUUAGGAGGACGGACCAGCUUCCAAAUAAACGAACCCUAUCUACUUCCUUACUACACUCUUUGCCUGAUGGCGUGAACUUCAUGCAAAUACUCGUUGAUGGUCCUGCUUUUUUUAAAAACCUGCAAUCUUGUUUCCAUUGCCCUCUGCUCUGCGCAGUCUCUCUGACGUUGCCUCGCUCUUACCUGUCUGAGUCUUGAUCUAGUGUGUCCGUUCCUUUUCUUUCCUCCUUCAUUCCAAAAAUGAUUUGCGAUCAUGAAAUCA